UAUCUCUUCCCAGCGGAGACAAUAACCAAUCAAGAGGUUUAGAUUCCCACGUUUUAACUCCAGAAUCUCGCACACCAAAACCCGCAAGCUUAUAAGCCACCCCAUUUGCUGCUCGUCGAACAAACACAAAUUCACAGCUCACAAUCUGUUGCGCUAUUCUCCCAAAAGAUGGGCUAUGAACAAGUAUGGCUUUCCUACAAUCAACUAUUUAUCCCCUUCUUCUUUCUCUUCCUUUUCAAGGCCUCCACUUGCUUGCAUGCCCAACUCUGCACCCAAGAACAGAGCUCUGCGCUGCUGCAACUUAAAGGAACGUUUUCCUUCAAUAAAUCUGCUUCUUUAUAUUAUUGUGAUUAUAAUGGAAUCACUUCUUUUCCAAAGAUGGAGUCUUGGAAAAAGGGUUCUGAUUGUUGUUCGUGGGCUGGGGUCGAUUGUGAUGGGACGGGUCGAGUAAUUGGACUCGACCUCAGCUGCAGCUGGCUCCAAGGCACCAUCCAUCCUAAUAGCAGUCUCUUCCUCUCCUUUCCCCACCUUCAAAAGCUCAACCUCGCUUACAAUAACUUUUCCAUGUCUCGCAUCUCACCUGAAUUCACUCGGUUCACCGAAUUGACACACCUCAAUCUCUCUGAGUGUGGUUUUUCGGGCAAAGUCCCACCUGGAGUCUCCUUCCUAAACAAACUAGUGUCGCUCGAUCUCUCUUACAAUUUUGAUUUGAGAUUGGAAGAAGGCGGGUUCGAGUUACUCAUUCAAAACUUAUCCAAGUUAAGAGAUCUUGAUCUUAGCGAGGUAAACAUCUCUUCUUCGGUGUUUCCUAAUUCCUUGCUCAACUUGACUUCUUUAAGAACCCUCAGUCUCGGAGGUUCUGGUUUACAUGGAGAAGUCCCGCCUGGAGUCUCCUACCUAAACAAACUGGUGUCGCUUGAUCUCUCUGAAAAUUUUGAUUUGAGAUUGGAAGAAGGCGGGUUCGAGUUACUCAUUCAAAAUUUAUCCAAGUUAAGAGAUCUCUCUCUUAUAGGCGUGAACAUGUCUUCUUCGGUGGUUUCAAAUUCCUUGCUCAAUUUGACUUUUUUAAGAUCCCUUGGUCUCGGAAAAUCUGGUUUACAUGGAGAAUUCCCUAGCGGAGUAUUCCACUUACCACAUCUACAGAUCUUGGUAAUAUUGUUUGAGGAGGGUCUCACGGGUCAUAUACCCGAUUUCAUCAAUUCAACCUAUCCGCUCCAGAACUUAAUUCUCAUUGUCUCAGGAAUUUCUGGAAUAUUGCCGGACUCAAUUGCUAAUCUGAAGUCCUUGAAGCAAUUGGUCAUCUAUCAUUCCGAAUUCCACGGAUCCAUUCCUACUUCUCUCUGGAACUUUCCACAAAUCACUUCUGUGGACCUCUCAUCCAACAAUUUCAGUGGUAUCCUCCCGUCUUCAAUUUCAAACCUUACACAAAUCACUUCUUUGGACCUCUCAUACAACAAUUUCCAUGGUACCCUCCCAUCUUCAAUUUCAAACCUUACACAAAUCACUUAUUUGGACCUCUCAUCCAACAAUUUCAGUGGUUCCCUCCCAUUUUCAAUUUCAAACCUUGGAAAUCUCAAGACCUUAAGACUUUCGGAUAAUAAUUUCACAGGUCGCUUCUUUUCAUGGGAUGCAAACUUGCCAGAACUUCACUCCUUGGAUGUUGCAAACAAUAGUCUCACUAGUCCUCUUCCUUCACAAGUAGUUGUACCCCCAAAUCUAAGCUAUUUGAUCAUAGGCCGAAACUCGAUCAACGGUACAAUCCCAUCUUGGGUUUUCGAAUUACCCGCACUCAACUACUUAGAUCUCAGUUAUAACAAACUGAUUGGUCAUACACUUGAGUUUCAAUCCCCUUCGUUGGAGAUUAUUGAUUUGAGUUAUAAUGACCUAAAUGGUACUGUUCCAAAUUCAACCUUUGAACUCCGAAACCUUACCCACCUUAUUCUUUCUUCAAAUAGCUUUUCUGGAACCAUUCCUAGAUCAAAUAGAUUCAGUGAAAAUCUCAAUAUACUUGCUUUAAAGAUGAAUAACUUCUCUGGCACCAUUCAUGAUUCAUUUACUAGGAGAAAUAGCUUGACAACUAUCAAUCUUUAUGGCAAUGGAUUUGAAGGGCCAAUACCCAAGUCUCUGAUUAAUUGCAGAAUCCUAAAAGUGCUAGAUCUCGGAAGAAACAAUUUCUAUGAAGAAUUUCCGCAUUGGUUGGGAAAUUUACCGAACUUGCAUGUCCUAAUUUUGCAAUCCAACAAAUUUCAUGGAUCGAUCGUGACUUCCACGACCAAAUUUCCCUUCCCCGCAUUGCGAGUCCUUGAUAUGUCGAACAAUCGUUUCACUGGUCCAUUGCCCAUAAAGUACUUCAAAAGUUUCAAAGCCAUGAUGAAUGUGGAUGAAGAGAAUUAUCAUUUGAAGUACAUGGAAAGUAAUUAUGGUGAUCUUCAAACUUAUUUUGAUUCUUUGACUAUGGUAAUCAAAGGAUCGACCAUUGAAAUGGAACAAAUCCUUACAAUUUUUACAGCCAUUGAUUUAUCAAGGAACAAGUUCCAGGGUGAGAUUCCUGAGAUCAUCGGUGGGCUAAAUUCGAUUCGAGGACUCAACUUAUCACACAACAGCCUCACAGGUCAUAUACCAAAGUUGCUUGCGAAUAUGACCAAGCUUGAAUGGUUAGACCUCUCAUCAAAUGAGCUCACCGGGGAAAUCCCUCAACAACUCACGAAUUUAAUCUCUCUCGGAACUCUUAACCUUUCGCAGAAUCGCCUAACGGGGCCUAUACCUCGAGGCAAACAAUUCGACACAUUUUCGAAUGAUUCUUACUUCAACAACUCAGCCUUAUGCGGACCUCCAUUGUCGAAUACAUGUGGCGAUCCCAAGGCAACACAGCCACCACCGUUGACAUUUGAAGAAGAAGAUUCAGAGCAUGUGAGUGGAUUUGGUUGGGAAGUCAUAUUGCCAGGGUAUGGAUUUGGACUGGUUGUUGGACUUGUCAUGGGAUAUCUUAUGUUCUCGUUUGGUAAACCUCAAUGGCUUGUGAAGAUGGUUGAAAGUGUUGGAAACAGAAAUGGAAAGAGGCUGAAAAGCAAUGCUCGGAGACGUGGAGGCAGAAGAAAUUAAUUAGCAAAAUGCAAAUGGUGUUUUUGUAUGAUAUUAUGGAGGCGGCAUGAAGCUCUCGUCAGUCUCAGAUAUGAGGAGAAACUUUGGUUGUAGGAGGUGGAUCUAAUAUAUGGGAGAUGGGUAUAACUUCACUCUUAGUGUGUGAUUCAGUCCAUAACUACGUUGCUUUCUUUACAAUAAAUUUUCCUACUUAUGUAAUCAAUGAAUCUUUUUGUAUCCCCUUCCGGCCUUCCAAUCUACGACUGAACUGCUCUCUAGUUUCAAAAUAAA